GCAAAUCUGAAAUGGGAAGUAUGUGGAUGCAGAUGCUCUUCCUCUUCCUAGCCACCUCCGCUGCUGUUGGCACCGUCGCAUCUGGGGACGAAGCGCGGCGGCGAGAGGCGGAUAGGGUGAGGGGCUUGCCGGGGCAGCCGGCGGCGGGGGCGGGGGCGGGGGCGAGGUUCCGGCACUAUGCGGGGUACGUGGAGCUCCAGCACCCCAAUGAGCACAAGGCGCUCUUCUACUGGUUCUUCGAAGCUCAAGACGAUGCUCCUCGCAAGCCCCUCGUCCUCUGGCUCAAUGGAGGACCAGGAUGCUCGUCUGUGGCCUACGGAGCUGCGCAAGAACUAGGUCCAUUCCUGGUCAGGAAGGACCUCCACAAUGGAACCCAUCUCGUUCUCAACAAAUUCUCCUGGAACAGAGUGGCCAAUCUGCUCUUCUUGGAGGCCCCGGUGGGGGUCGGGUUCUCAUACACCAACAAGUCGAAGGAUUUGAGCAGGCUCGGAGAUCAGGUCACGGCCGAUGACUCUCAUUCGUUCUUGAUCGGUUGGUUCAACAGGUUCCCAAGUUUCAGAUCCCAUGACUUCUACAUUGCCGGAGAGAGCUACGCAGGGCAUUACGUACCUCAACUCGCAGAAGUCAUUUAUGAGAGAAACAAGAGAGGACAUGGCUUCUUCAUCAAUCUGAAAGGUUUCAUGAUUGGGAACGCAGUGAUCAACGAUCCGACAGACACCAAGGGACUAAUCGAUUACGGGUGGAGCCACGCAAUAAUCUCGGACCAGCUCCGGGACAACAUCUACAAGGAAUGCGAUUUCAGCUCGAGCAACGAGACCGUAACCCUGCUCUGCUCUUCCCUCUUCAGGGACUUCAUGGUUGCUUACUCUGACAUCGACAUAUACAGCAUCUACACUCCGGUUUGCGACCUUCCCAACUCGUCUCCCUCCCAAAGGCUCGUCGUCACGCCUCGACUUCUCGCCAACCAUGAGUCGUGGCGGGAGUUCCCCUCGGGCUAUGACCCGUGCACGGAGGAUUACGUCGAGGAAUAUUUCAACAGGAAAGACGUUCAGAUCGCCCUCCAUGCCAAUCUCACCGGACUCCCUUAUCGCUAUACAACUUGCAGUCGCGUGAUUAAAGGUUGGAAGGAAUCGGCAGACACCAUAUUGCCCAUCAUCCGCAAGCUCUUGGACGCGGGUCUUCGGAUUUGGAUAUGCAGCGGCGACACCGACGGGAGAGUACCGGUGACGUCGACGAGGUACAGCGUGAACGAGAUGAAGCUGAAGAUAAAGGAGGAAUGGAGGGCGUGGUACCACCGGCGGCAGGUGGCCGGCUGGGUGGAGAGCUACGAGGGCGGGCUCACGUUGGCGACGGUGAGGGGCGCCGGCCACCAGGUCCCCGUCUUCGCGCCCGAUCAGUCGCUCUCUCUCUUCACCCAUUUCCUCGCUACCGACGCCUUGCCAUCUUCCCGUCGCUAAGCGAGCUGAUCGAAAAGUUCGCGCAUUGGUUCUGUGUUUGUAAGGGCUUUGAUUUGAUAAGCUGAACAAUCGAUAAGUCAAAGCCAAUGCGAAACCGUUGACAUUUCCAAGAUACAUAAUCCGAUUCUCCAUCAUUCGUUUA